AUGAGGUUUUCAUCUCUAUGUCUGCUGACAUUUGGAGUUAUCGUUAGUAAAGGUGAUGUUACAUACCCUCGUCCUUCAGAGUUGAAUGCUACUAAGCCGAACAUACUCAUAGGAGGUCUCCUUCCAUUGGACAUCACCUUUUCAAGACGUUUAAUGACUGCUGCACAAAUCGCAAUAGAUGAGAUCAACAAAAGAAAUAACGUGCUUAAAGACUACAAUCUAGUACUGCACAUGAAAAAUACAUCAGCUCGACAUGCUCCAAUGGGUGGACCCGAAGCCGAGCGACUUUCUACAAUUAAGACCCUAGAGUAUUUGGAUGGUAAUCCAAUGGUUCAUAUGGUAUUUGGUGGUCUAUUUAUUGCCACCACAGAGAAGUCGGCAUACCUAACCAGUCUUAUGAAUAUAAUGCAGGUCGCAGCAACGACAAGCUCGUUAGCUCUGUCUGAUAAAAAGAGAUAUCCAUAUUUUAUUGAGUUAAUUUUGGAUGGUACUCGUCUCAACGAUCUAGUUGCCCACUUUGUCAUGGAGAAUGAAUGGCACAAGGUCAUGAUCAUCUCUGACCUGGGAUUUGAUGAUCUGGCGAAGCAUUUGGAAGAUACGCUGAUAAGAAGCAAUGUGACGGUGUCUAACUUAUACAUAGUAGAAGACGUGGAUGAUCCAACUGAAAUACUUACAGCUAUUAAGGAGUCUGGUGUGCAUAUUAUUGUGUUCCAAGUCUAUCCCAUCAUGUAUUAUAAACUUUCAUGUGAGGCAUAUAUGCAAAACAUGAUUGCUCCAGGAUAUGUGUGGAUAGAUAACAGACAUCAUUCUCAAAGUGUCAAGGAUUACUUUGAAUUAUAUAGUGAUGUCAACUGCACGUUGGGUGAGAUAUUGACCUCCGUGGAAGGGAUGUUCGCGACGAGUUCCCUUUCCUAUCUGGAACAGUUCCCUGACACAAUAACUAUAGGUGGAAAGAGUGUCAAAACCUUGUCUGAAAUAGGCGGAAUAAAAGGGGAUGCAGCACGUCUGUAUGGAUAUGACGCAAUGUGGAGUGUAGCACUCGCCAUGAACAACUCGAUCAAGAGGAUAGCACCAUACACAUUAGAGGAGUUUACAUACAAGCACAAAAAUUAUACAGAUAUUUUUCUAGAGGAAAUGAAAAACCUGUCAUUUACUGGUGCAACGGGGCCAGUUGGAUUUUCUGAAGAAGGAUCAAGAUUGGGAAAAUUAGUUUUACGACAAGUCAGAAAUGGAACACAUGUUACAGUUGGUAUAUUUGACGGAACAACACAAAUUCUUGAUCUUUUAAAGAGUCCCGAGUAUAUGUGGGAACCAUUUGGUAAUACCACACCAAGCUCUGAACCUAGGCUAGAGUACACAUAUUUACGAGUGUCUAGAGUGUUGUUUGGGAUAUACGUAACCAUUUCCGUUGUUGGAAUUGUCAUAUGCCUGAUCGAUCUGAUUCUGAUGUUGAUUUACAGAAGUCACGGUGGCAUCGUGCACGAUUGGCCGAUCAUUAGAGUAAUUGUGUGUUUUGGUUGUAUUGUCCUUAACAUAGCAGUUAUCCUCAUGGGUGUAGAUGAUUCUGAUUCUAGCUCGAGUGUAUACCAGGGUGCUUGCCAAACUGCAUCCUGGAUGUUUGUAUUUGGCUAUACAUUAGCUCUUGGAGGAAUGUUAGUCAAUUCAAUUGCCACUUAUCAUUUCUACACUAAGGAAAAUGUUACAAAAUCAGUACAACAAGAGUUGAAAUACUGUGCGAUAUUAGUGCCUUGCCUUGUGUUAGAUAUCAUACUGCUGAUAUUGUGGCAAGUGGUUGAUCCGCUGACGAUCAAGACAGAAUUCCUACAGAAAGAGUAUGACGAAAGUCAAGAUACAAUUUUUCAAAUAGCAAUUGCUGUUUGUGACUGUCAGAAAAUGAAUGCUUGGAGAAUUGUGCUGAUUGUGUAUAAAGCAAUUAUGUUGCUAGUUGCUACAUUCAUUACAUGGCCCGCUUGGCUCGCUGCCAAUGGAAAGGGCUAUGUGACGGUCCACUAUCUUGGAAUCUGUGUCUAUGUGACCGUUCUUGCUGCCUUAAUUGGAGUUCCUGUCAAACUUACCCUUGGACCCAAUCCAUCGGCACACUAUGGUGUUGCUGGAGGCUUUAUUCUGCUUUGUACCAUUUCCACUGGAAUUGCCAUACUUUGUACUAUCUUGUUCGCAAUGAGAAACCAGAAUCCAAGUGGUACGUCUAGCUCGAUUUCCCCAAUUAAUGGAUUACUGAAAGACAUAUCAGAGUCAAAGAAAACAACGAAGUAG